AAAAUGUUUGCAUUUGGAACUCAACAAAAUUUUCUUGAAAUUUGAAUUCAAACCCAAAAGUGAUGAUUUUCGAGCCUUCUUUUGAAAGAAAGGACUAGAAAGGUCCACGUUUGAGCUCAGAAAAAAAGGAAAAGGAAAAGGAAAAGAUGAGAAGAAAAACUCCAUCUACUCAAAUGGAGAAGACGGUGAUUAGUGAUACGUUCGAUUAUGAUUCUUUUUCCGACCCCGACGGCGAUAGUUUUGACUGCUGUGAGGGAAGCGCUCACAAGAAGAGGAGGAGAUUGACGCAGAAGAAUCUAUUCCAGUUGUGGGGGCUUGAGAAUCCUAACCUUCAUCUCCCACCUUCCACAGCUACUUCUCUUGCUUCCCCCAAAAACCAACAGCGCCUUUGCCCCUUCUAUAAGAGGAUUCCAGGAACUCCCUUCACUGUUGACGCAUUCUGCUAUGGUCCAGUCAAAGGCUGCUCUGCCUAUUUCCUUAGCCACUUCCAUGCUGAUCAUUAUAUUGGCUUGACCAAAGGAUGGUCACAUGGGCCUAUCUACUGUACCGAACUCACUGCUCGCUUGCUUAGAAUCUGUCUUAAUGUUAGUCCAUCUUUCAUCUGUCCUCUGGAAUUAGGUACUGAGUACAGCCUUAAAGGAAUCAAAAUUACUAUGCUUGAUGCUAAUCACUGUCCUGGUGCUGCUCUCAUUCACUUCCGUCUCCCAAAUGGACAAUGUUACUUGCACACUGGAGACUUUAGGGCUUCGAAGCUGAUGCAAUCAUAUCCAGUUCUUGCAAGCCAACGCAUUAAUAUACUUUACCUCGACACAACAUAUUGCAAUCCAAAGUACAGGUUUCCUUCAAAAGAAGAUGUUUUGGAAUUUGUUGUAGGCAUCACAAGAAGAUAUUUGAAUAAUCAUCCAAAAAUCAUCGUGGUUGUUGGUGCAUACAGCAUUGGAAAAGAACAUGUGUAUUCUGCAAUUUCCAAGGCACUGGGGGUAAAAAUAUAUGCAAAUGCCUCCAGGAGGCGCAUUCUUCGAUCUUUUGGCUGGUCUGGAAUUUCUGAAAAUCUGUCAACCAAUGGGAGAGAUACACCUUUGCACAUAUUGCCUAUAUCGUCCUUGAGAUUUGAGAUUCUGCAGCAUUAUUUGGCAUCACAAGACGGACAGUACACUAGCAUGUUGGCAUUCCGACCAACAGGUUGGACUUACUCAGAGACCAUCGGGGACAAUCUGAACUUAAUAAAACCCAUUUCUAAGGGCAACAUCACUAUUUAUGGUGUUCCAUAUAGUGAGCAUUCUAAUUUCACAGAGCUGCAGGAAUUUGUGCAGUUUCUGAGGCCCGAAAAGAUAAUUCCCACUGUGAAUGUUGGAAAUGCUGUUAAUCGUGGCAAGAUGCAAUCAUACUUCCAGCAGUGGCUGAAAGCCUGAAAGAGCUGUUCUUCUGGAGUUGUGUAGUAUGGUUAUUCUAUUCUUUCUAAUUCUUCUAGAGAUUAGGAAGUGGAUUAGAUAGGUUAUUGGAAUGGGAAUGGUGGCUAUAGAGUUGUAAAGAGUGUUUUGUAAUCUUUCUAUAAGCUUGCAUGGCGAGGCAAAAGGUCUCUUGGCCUCCAUUCUUGCUGAUUGCGUGCUAUGCAAGGUAGUUUUAAAUCCUUGGAAUUUGUUGUAGUGGUCAUUUUAUUUUGCAACUCAGAAGUGCAAUCAUUCGUAAAUAGGGUUUGACAAAGGAGAUGAAGAGCAAAAAGGCAAAAAACAAAAGGCCUUUUAAACUUAUUUUAAAUGAGAAAUGGUUAUCCUUCAACUAGUAUACAAA